AGUGCGGUUGUUUUCGUGGGAGGAACGGGAAACUAACUCAGAAAGUCCAGAAAAUCGGUUUAAUCGUGUUCAAUACUGGAUUUAUCUUUCUCUCAAUGCGACGCACAUGUGUAACAAAUACUGCUGCUAACGGUGCCGGUGAGUGUUUCUGGAAUUUCGGCGUGAAAAUCGAACAAUUGUGCUGAAGCUAAUUAGUUAGCUAACGUGGGGCAACAAAAGUGGAGGAAAAAGGGCCUGUUUAUAAAUCAAUACAACGUUGUGAAAUCGAGGAAAUUUACAAAAUGGACAUCUGAUCUGCAUUCAGUUGGACGUGAAGCAGACUGAAAGCUGGUUCCACUCUAGCAGCGUUUAGCCACAUCGGGCUCCGAACUGCCACUUUUCUUCAAACCUGUCCUCACAUUCUCUCGGAACCAUGUCCGAGUCCGUGGUCACCUUCCAGUCGCAGCUCUCCUGUGUCAUGGAGACCGUCUUCAAGGCUGCCAUGUACGAGAUCACCCGUCUGGUGGAGGACAGCUUCCUGGAGGAGGUGACCCGCUGCCGGGAGCAGGUGGAUUCCCUGAAGAGGAGGCUGAAAUGGUCCGAGAGCCGCCGGAGAGAGAGGGAGGCGGCCGGCCGGAGGAGAGGGAGGUGUGUGGACUGUGGCAGAGUGGAGAUCACCGAGGACAAGCAAGUAGGUACAGAGAAAAGCCUGAAACAAGAGAGCGAGUCGCAAGAUGAUGUGGAAAGUUCCCAGGAUGAGGACGUGCUCAGUGAUGAGAUGGAAGAGGCCAAACCGGAUGUCCAGUCGACCGCAGACCCGGCAGAGUCACCAGAACUUCCCGAUGAGAGGCUUGAUGGGCUGCUGAAGGAGGAAGCUCUUCAGAUCCCAGAGGAAAGCGAUGAGCCUCAGGACUGGGACGUCGGUUUAGAUGAACCAGAGGAGUCGGGGUUACCAGGUCCCAGCAAACGUUUCGGUGAGCAGAAGCUCCCCAAGUGUCCGGUGAACUGGGAGAGCGGCUUCGAGCAGCGGCCGGAGUCCAGCCAGGCGGGACAGUCCGGGGACCCGGCGCAGCCCCUGUUCCAGGGCAGGUACAGCAUGGAGGACCUGGACGGCUUCGACAAGGCGGCCUACGCAGACGGGAACAUGAUGGACAUGGGAAACUUCGACGGGUUACAGGACUCGCCAGAUCAGCUGGGCGAGGAUCUGGGCUACGUGGGCCACUUCAACGAGGACGUGGAGGCGGCGGAGAGCGCCGACAGUCAGGUUUACCAAAAAGAAGCCGCGCAGAACAGAAAAGGUGCCGCGGCUUCGCCCGCUGCCUCGCCCUCCAGGACUAACAUGGAGGUGGGUGGAGAGUUGAGCUGUUUGCUCAUCAACGAGGAAGGCUUUCUGCAGGACCCCAACGUCUUGUACCCGGCUCAGGCCUCCGCUGCCGACCCGGGAAGCAGAUUGAGCCUCCGGAGUCAGGGCGUCCGUAUCGAUCCGCCAGUGCACAGCGCGGAGAACGUGUACGGAGCCUCGGACCUCUACACCGAGAACCUGAACCUGGGGCCGAGGCUGCAGCAUCCGCCAGCCGGCAGGAGUGGGAGGAGACACUCCUGUAACCAGUGCUCCGUGACUUUCCCCGACUCGGCUUCCCUCAAAGCCCACAAACAGACUCACAAAGGCUCCUCGCAAGGCGCCGUGCACUCCUGCAACGAGUGCGGAAAGACUUUCACUCAGGCCUGCAACCUCAAGGUGCACCAGAGGAUUCACUCAGGGCAGGGCCUCCACCUCUGCAGCCACUGCGGCAAAGGCUUCCCCUCCUUCUCCGAGCUCAAGGCCCACAGCUGCGGCCAGACGGGCGACAAGCCGUACUGCUGCACGCUGUGCGGCAACAAGUUCAGCCGGCUGUGGAACCUCAAGCUGCACCGCCGGAUCCACACGCAGGAGAAGCCGCACCAGUGCAGCAUGUGCGACAAGAGCUUCACCCGGGCGGACAUCCUGAAGGUCCACCAGCGGACGCACACGGGCGAGCGGCCGUACUGCUGCACCGUCUGCGGCCUCAGCUUCAAGCGCCUGGACCACCUGAAGUCACACCAGCGCAAACACAUGACGGACCUAUAGUGGAGCGCGGCUGCUUCUGCCACAGGAGGGUCAAUAUCAGAUGUCUGUAUUUAUAAAUUCCUGGAUGUUUUUAUUGAGGUGUGUUUUGACUGUCACUCUUGUUAUAAUUCCAGUUUUUGUUCAUUUGAAAAUAUAAGACAAAGCAACAUAUUUGAUAAGUUUGUUUACCUGUUUUACUGAGACGGGAUUAAUGUUGCAGACUUUGUACCAGGGAAAUUAUAAAAUGAAAUAGUUCAGCAACAGUAUUCUUCUGAUUAUAUAUUGGAUUCUGAAUAAAAGACUUUUGACAUCA